AGGGGAGGGGGCGGGCGUCCUGCCGGAAGUGGCGGUUUGCUUGGUUGUGGUUUCCGUAGUAGCCCGCGCAGUUUGAGUGUGACAAUACCGACCGUCUCAGGGGCGGCCUUCCUCCGUGUCCCCACGGCCAGGGCAGCUCUAUUCGGCGAGACCCAGGUUCCGCGCGGCCGUCCGCUCCGUGCUCCCCUCCGUGCAGUCCUCCCAAGCCGCUCCUGCAUCCCUCCGCUCAUUUCGUGGUCCUCUUGGAAAGUAGUUUCAAACCUUCCUCCCGUCCUUAGUCCUUGCCCUUCUCUUUCCUUCUCCCUGGCAGGAGUCGGAUGCCGGGACGUAUGGCGCCCCUCAAGAAGCCUCGAAGUACCAAAAAACUGCCCCUGGCUCUAAACCCCACGAAAAGCAAGGACGUUUUGGCAGUGCUGGCUGAGAGGACCCAGGCCAUAGUACCAGUUGGGGCAUGGGUGGAACCUGCCUCCCCAAACUGCUCCGAAAUCCCAGCACACGCUUCAGCAUAUAUGAUUGAAGAAGAACUAAAAGAGAAACAAAGAAGAAAACAAGAAUCUUUGAAACAUUUUCAGAGACAAGUCAAACACCGAGUAAAUCAACAAGUUAAGCUGAGGAAAAAGCAACAGCUUCAGAGAUCUUACAAAGCAGUGGAAAAAGAAGGCUCUAUAGUCAUGCAGUGUUCAGACUCAGCACAGUUAACUCCCAAAAGGACAAGUGUUUUUUCAAGCAAUUUGAAUGCUAUUGGAAGUUCUAGGUUACCCCCUUCUCAGGUACUUGAGGAUGCAGUAGAAGAUGGAGAGAAUCAGAAUCAGUUAUUCCAACAAGCCCAAGCUCUUAGUCAAACUAUGAAACAGGCACGUCACCAGCUGGCAUCCUUUAAAACUGUGAGUGAAGAAAAGGCAUCAGUGUUUCUAAAUGGUAGAAGGAAAAGCUCUCCUACUCAAGAGAAAGCACCUCCAAGGAAACCAACAUGUGUCAACAUAAAUAAAGAAACAAGAGAAGAAUCCCCCCUAAAGAUCCAGGAAGACCCUUUAAAUACUGUGCAUUACCGGAACUUUAUGGAAAAUCAAAACCUUGGCUAUGAGAAAAUUUCAUCUGUUAUGACAGAUGAUAAGAGAAGAGAAGAUUUGUUUGUACAGUACCAGCAGGAUCUCCUUUCUGAAGACAAAGAUAAGCCUUUCAGUAAAAUUCAGAAAGUCAAAUUCAAAAAUCCAUUAUUUGUUGUGAUAAAAGAAGAGGAACAAAAGCAAUUAAAUCUUCAGCGCAUUCAGGCUAUUUUGCCAGGUGCUGAGGAUUAUCUUCUAGAAGUUCAAGGUGAUCUGCCAGGACCCCAGAGUGAUGUGAUAGAUGUCCAGAAUGUGGAAUUCAAAGCCUCUAUUGAACCUAAAUCUCCAGGUGUUGAGCCAGACUCUCAGGUUCUAGAGGUUCAGACUGUUGAGCCUGAAGGCCUGGCUAGUAAGACUCAGGACAUUUCAUUAAGAACCCAGGCUAGUGAACUAGAUGGACAUAUUCAGUUGGAAGCCCAGGAUUUGCUACCCUCAAACCAUUUUCUGUCCAGAGACCAGGAUUUUCUAGCCAAAUGUCAGGACCAGGACUCUUUACCCAAAGACCAUUGUAUUCUCCGUACAUACUGGACUAGUCUACCUAAAUAUCAGGAACUGACUUUUGUACCUGUAGACCAGGAAUUUCCACCUAGAAACCAACCUGUCUUUCCCAGGGAACAGAGUAAUCUACUCAAAUGUCAGAACCAGGAUUUCCUACCUAAAGAUCAGAAUCUUCUACUGAAAGACUAUUGUGCCUUUCCACAAAACCAGAUUAUUUUAUUCAAAUACCAAGACCAAGAUUUUCUACCUAAAGACCAGAAUUUUCUGCCUAAACACCAGUGUAUUCUACCUAUAUAUGAGGACCAGGAUUUUCUACUUGAAGAAGAGGAUUUUCUAACAGGAGAUCAGCAUCUUCUUUCCAAAGACCAGACUGUUUUCCCUAAAUGUCAACAUCAGUAUAUUCUUUCCAAAGACCAGAAUAAUUUAUUCAAAUGUAAGGAGCACUAUCUCCCACCUCAAAAUCAGAACACAAGUAUGAAGCAGCCAGCAUCAAUUUUGAGAUGUGAACAAGGGAGAAAGGACCUGCCUCUGGAUGCUCAUCAGGAUUUUCUGUGCUGUCACCAUCAUCAGAGCUUAUACUUUAGGCAGCAGCCAUCUGUUAGGACAGAUGAAAGGUGGCAAGAGGAUUUGCAUCUUGGUGGCCUUCAACAUCUUCCACACAGACACGUGAGAGAUACUUGCAGCUGGCGACAGGUUUAUGAUGAGUAUCAGACAGGACUGGACACUGGAUUCCAAGCUUUUUUAGCAUUUCAGUCUGGAGUGGAUCAAGAAGAAGACAAGAAAGAGCGUCAAAAGCAAUUCCUGAGACACAGAAGGCUUUUUAUGGAUAUUGAGAGAGAACAAGUGAAAGAACAAAAAAGGCAAAAGGAACAAAAGAAGAAAAUUGAAAAAAUAAAGAAAAAAAAAGAACAGCAGCGUUAUGCAGAAGAGCAGAGGAUCCUAAGAAUGAACCUUCGUGAAGAACCAUAUUCAGGGGAGAAGAUAAGUAACAUCUUUGCCCAGUUACAACUUGAAGAAAUAAAAGGAGCCAGAGAAAAACAGCAACAGAGAGAAAAGGAAUAUGCAAGAUAUGUAGAAGCUUUACGAGCCCAGGUCCAGGAGAAAAUGAAGCUUUAUAAUAUCACUUUACCUCCAUUAUGCUGCUGUGGUCCUGAUUUUUGGGAUGCUCAUCCUGAUACCUGUGCCAAUAAUUGUAUUUUCUAUAAAAACUACAGAGCAUAUAACCGGGCAUUACAUUCAGUCAUCAGUUCAUCUGAUAUCUCCGAGGGGAACUCAACUCUACGAAAUGCCAUUCGUAAUUUUGCUUCUGCACACAGACGAACUUCAAAAAAAGCUAAGGAAUGUCAGCAGAGUGCUGUGUCGCUGUAUGCAAAAUCAAGACAACUUGAAGCUAAAUGGAUGUCCACCACAGUGUCAGCAGAUCCAGCCUCACAGAGCACAACCUGAGCUACAGCCCCUCCCAAAAACAUCUUCCCCACACUAAUCAAGAAGCAUCAAGAGUUUGUCUUGGCUGUUUUGAUCUCUUUAUAAACCAAAGAUAUGUACAGUUGGCAACACAUAUUAAUGCGAACUUACAAACUAAAAACAAAAUGCCAGA